AUGAUUCUCUUCUUGAUGUCCUUUCUCCAAUUUUGCAGCCCCUGGAUAUCCAGGCGGUUCGUCGCUCGUCUGCUGUCGACAGUCAUCUGUGCAAUUCUCAUCGUCGUUCGCCCUUUCUCAAGAUAUGGAGUUCCCUACGCUUUCCUAGCACUCUCGUUGAAGGAGCUCAUUUUCUCCGUCCAGGAGACCAUUGCACAGCAGCUGGAAUCCACAAUCCUCGGCUUGUUGGGUGGAUUGCUCGGGAUAGGGAUAUCGUCGCUCGGAACGUUCAUUGCGUCCCUUCCGACCGUUGAUUCAGUGACAGCGCGCGUUAUUCGUGGUUGGGCCAAGAGUCGCCUGCCUCGCCUUACCCAUGCUGCCCGUAUCUGUUGUUUCAUCGCUAUAUGGCUGCUCACUGCGGACGUCACCCUUGAUGAAACCAUUCGCGAUUACGCAGUGAGCUUCCUCUGGGUCCUGCUAGUCGCAGCUUUUGCUCCCCUCAUCUCCUCCCUGAUGAUCCUCCGGUGGUCGUCGGCUCAGUUUGCUACUGACAUCGCCACGGCGUUCGCCAUCUCGCAUGACUGCCUUUCUCACAGCUUAGAUGCUGCCUUCUCUUGCUCGCACACUCCCACCGCGGCGCAGAAUCAGCUUCUAAAGAUGUCCGUGGCGUUGAAUCAGAGAUACUCCGAGGCAAGCUUCGAGCUUCGGGUGGGCCGAGUUGGCGUGAAAUCGAUCAAACCGCUGAUUGGGACGAUCGAACAUCUCCGUCGAGAGCUCUCGUGGGGAAUGGUGCACUCAAGGACGCAACCUGCUCCUCUGCAUGUUGACUCUACUUCUCCAGACGAAAAAGAUGUCGAUGCCUUCCGCGUGCCAGCCUAUGAGCUUGGGCAUGCCGUCUUGACUUCAAUGAGAGUUGUUGAAAGGACCGUCUUGACGUGUUAUGAGCUCAAUAUCAUGCCUCGCCAGCGUGAUGAAGAAAAAGGAAACCUAGAUGAAGCGCUGAAUAGCUUAUACAAAGCCGCUGUGGUAGCUAGAGACGUGCUCAAGAGUUUCACAGAUGACUUGGACAUGCAGCAGCGCGCAGAGGACGGCGCCGUCGGGUUUCCCCAGAAAUCCUUUGACCUCUGCCUUUUCAUGAUAUCACUACUACAGAUGGCUCACGAGAUGAAGCACGCCUUGUAUCUCUGCAAAAAGCUGACCGCUCUACACGAAGUCUCGUCCCCUCGCCUGUGGCAUCCGCACUUCUCGUGGGCCUGGCUCGGCGCGGCGCCGUCCACGUUCAUCAUGGAGGAACGCGGUGCUAUUUUGGACCAGGAUUCCCCCGACCCUCAAGCAGAAACAGCGCUCUCGCUCACAGAAACGCUCCAGGGUAUAUCAGAGAACCAAUAUCCUACGGACCAGCCCGACGACAACGAUCCCGAUGGAUAUCCAGACAGCAGCCCCGAUGACACCCCGGAAGUCCUACGCCGUAGGAGGAUUCACGGAAGGGUCAUGAGUGUGAGGUGGAUGGCGUCUGUGAUACAUCACGUCUGGAACUACGCCGCCGUGCUGAGGACCAGGCUCAAAGUAUCCAGAGUGCUGAGAGCCGUGCAGCACUCCCCGAACUUGAGACACGCAAUCAAAAACGCUGGUGGAAUCGUACUGCUCAGCCUCCCUGCAUUCCUACCUACUGAUUCACCCGGAUAUUCGUGGUUUUACUGGGCCCGUGGCCAAUGGAUGGUGAUUUCGUAUCUUUGGGUUCUCGAAACGAACACCGGGGCCACUUGGCGCGUUGGAUAUCUGCGGAUCUCGGGUACUAUCCUGGGUUGCGUCUACGGGUACAUCACCUACGUGAUAUGUCAAAGCAAUCCCUACGCAUUGGUGCUGAUGCUGACGCUUUCUGAGUUACCCAUCAGCUGGAUCAUCACAAACACAACUUUCCCUUCACUGGGUGUCGUAGCAGCUGUGACACUCCCACCGUUGACGUUCGUGAAGUACUUCAGCCCCGAGAGCGAGCCGUCUCAGAUCAUGCUCGUAGUCCUUCGCGGGCUAAUGAUCGCAGCCGGCAUCAUAGCUGCCCUCUUCGUCAACAGCCUCUUCUUCCCGCGCCAUUGUCGCGUCAUGUUCCUCAACAACAUCAGCAGGACCAUCGGCAUCGUCAGUCAAUUGUACUUGUCCCUCAGCCGCGAUCUCUUCUGCAACGCUCUAACGUCCUCUAUCCUCGAAAAACAAAAGAUCCUGAAGCUCGAAGUCAGGAUCCGCAAUGCCCUCCACCGCAUGAACCUCCUGCUCAUAACAAUGAACGACGAGCUCAGUCUUGUACCAAAACCAAUGAAACGCUACCGCCAGAUCGUCGUCACCCUCCAAAAGCUACUCGACCUCCUCACGGGCAUCCGCAAAAUCCGCGAAAAAAUCCCGCGUAAGGAGACCGUCACCGCCGUGGUCACGCAGCGCCGCGAGUUCGUCUCGUGCGUGUGCGUCUGUCUAUUCGCCGUCGAGCAGGUCUUCCGUGCGCGACAACCCCUGCCGCAGUUCCUGCCCUCUGCGCGCUUGGCGCUGAUGACGCUGGAGAUGCACGUAGAAGAGAGGAUCAGGCAGUCGCGAGACGAGGAUCUUGGUGGGCUGGGGUUGCCCAUCGUGUAUGCAUUUGCCGAGGCGGAUGUCCUACGGGAGUUGGUGGACACGCUUGAGGACUUGCUGGAGCUCAGUCGCCAGCUGUUCGGGACGAGUUCGUGGUAUAGCUAUGGCCCUCUGGACAUGUCUGUUAUGACCAGUAUCCACGAGGAGGUUGGGGAACCCAGCAGGAGUCGUUGA